AUCGUGGGGGCGUAGCACCCUAUCAUGUUACAGCAAUGGCAGGCCGAGUCUGUGCCUGCGAGCGGCCAGUCGUCGAAUCGAACGCGGCCCAGAAUGUUCCCUCGAGCUUACCCCGUCCGCGCAGUGGCGCUGUGGGCGUGCGUUCUCCUCGCGCGCGCGGACACGGACGACUGCCCCGACAAGAAAGAGCAGCUCACCGAAGACGCGCGCCUCCGGAAAGACCUCAAAUGCGCCUACAACAGCGACUACCGCCCCGUUCUCCACCAUCAGGACACGGUCAACGUAGAGGUCGCCUUCCUACUUAAAUACAUUAGCUUUGAUUACCUAGAAGAAACCUUCACAGUUCACAGCUGGGUGACGAUGACGUGGAAGGACGAAUUCUUGAAAUGGAAACCAGGUGAAUAUGGAGGUAUAAACAUGACAUUACUAGAGAGUCACGAAAUAUGGACCCCGCGAUUGGCAUUGUUCAACGCAGACGCCAGCAGGUACCAGUCAGACUCAUUCUACACGACCUGCAAAGUGCGCAACAACGGCUCUGUGACGUGCGUGCCUCACAUGGCGCACUCUGGCAUCUGCCGCACGACCUUGCGUCGCUGGCCCUACGAUGCGCAAAACUGCACUUUAUAUUUUGGAUCCUGGAUGCACACAGGGGAGCAGAUCAACUUUACUUUUGACGCCGCCCAAGCUGUCAAUACUGACGAAUACCAGGAUGGACCCGGAUGGAGACUUUUGAACGUGGAUAAAGCAAGAUUUCCCGGUAAAUAUAAGUGUUGCCCGAAUGAUACUUAUCCGAUGUUAAAAUACACGUUCGUCAUGCAGCGCGAAGCGGCGGGCCCUGCAGCCAUCGUUGUCGUCCCUUCUAUAGCCAUCGUCAUGUUGACGUUGAUAUCGUUAAUGUUAGAUAUCAAGGAUAAUACGAGGUUAAUAGUGGCGUGUUUCAGUCUUUUCUGUCACUUUAUAUUUUUAACAGAAAUCGGCUACGACAUACCCAAGGAGAGCGCGGACACGCCUAUUAUUCUAUUGUUCAUACGAGACUCGAUGGUCGUAUCGCUGUUCGCGGUGUUGCUAACGCUGGGGCUGAUGUCGCUGCGAGCGCGCGCGACGCCGCCGCCGGUGUGGCUGCUGCGGGUGACGCGCUUCGUGACUGCGGGCCCCGUCAAAUACGCCGUCUUCACCGAGUUCGACCCUGAUCGCGCCGUGGACGAGAAGGUUACGCUCGCAGAUGAUGACGCCGGAACCAGUGAGUUCGAGGAACCGAAGCAAGUAUCAUCCUGGCUGCAGCUGUCGAAUAUUAUGAACAGCGCCGUGUUCAUUGUUUCGGUGAUAACUUACGCAGUGUUAAUAGGCGUUUACAUUCCGAGGGAACCUUAUUAAAUUUUGUUCUGUGUAUCACAUUAUGUAUAUACCUACCUAUAGG